CGGCCGCGCGAUUUUGCCCCGCAAACGAGAAGGAGAAGCCCACAGGCUUGAACCGCGCGCGACAACCCUUUGGCGAACAGACGCGGUACGCGUUGACAGUUGACCGAGAAGGAAAGAGAGAGAGCGUGACGUUCCGACAGAGGUGCGUCCUGAAGACACUUGGAAGGUCCUACGAGAGCCGUUCGGCGUGUCCAAGGAAGAUCAGGGAACAUGAAGGUUGGUCCGGUGAAUCCGCGAGACUGACUCUUCAAGUCGUCGGGACGGGACGAAGGUUACCGAAUACCUCUGUUGCGCGUUGGCCUGCAUGUGCCUGCUGAAAGUGGCAAACACCGAGAUUUCGAGGGACAAGCUCUUACAGUUCGAACGGCAACUUUUGGACGCUCUUACGACGGAGAGGACAAUGAAAACAAAAAGACCUUUCUGCAACGCUUUUACGGGAUGCGGCAGAAAAAGGAGUUUUCCCGUGAGUACACCCACUCUACGGGAUCCGCAGGACUUCCGCGCGAGCGACAACGUUCGACUUCCAGUUACGCUGUACCGAGCGCUGCUGAACGCCGCCAAACAAAACACUUGGGACGCGCUCGAUCGUGAGGAAUACGAUUACCGAUUACAACGAGUGCCGCAGCAGGUCUAUCUACCCGGUCAAACGGCUCUACGCGACACGCUGGAGAGCUAAUCUGCUCGAUAAAACUUGACGCGUGGGCGCCGACCUCAGGCUUCACGAUUUCAGGAUUUUACAACUUUCUUUUUCGCAUUUCCGAGAGCGGUGUUGCUCCCCGUAAAAAGAUUCACGCGCGAAACGCACCGAUCGAAAAGUUCGAUAAAAGAAAAAGGAAAAAAAAAGAAAGAUCUAGUCAAUACGGCGCAACAACCCUUACAAGCAAGAAAUUUCACUUUCUCUUCCGGAAAUCCAAACAAGCCGGAUAAUUGCGUUUUCUUCGCAGCGUCCGCGACUCGACGCGAAUACUUACCUUCGCCUAGUUAUAUGUGCUUACUUCGCCUCGUUAUAGUUAAACGGAUGUAAAUGUGAACGAAAAAAUGUACACACACACACACACACACAUACACGAACACACCACGACCACCACUACUACCGCACACACACACGCACGCAAUUGCGCGAUCUAGAUAUUUUAUAUAUGCAACUUCUAAACGCGAAAACGCGUAUUGUCUCCUGCCGCCUUUGUCGUUGGAGAAUUUUACCGCUGCGCGCGAAUGUAUUGUUGUCCCGCAAGGAAGGAUGCAUACAGGAGAUAUAAUCGAUGUAAUUAUCGAUGCUAGCUAGAGUUAGAGCUUAAAGGAAUCUUCAUUUGUUUUUAAGAGUGUCUCGAUAUAGCUAUGUAUUUAUUUGUAUGUACCCAUCAUCCCUCCUCCCCUUCUCACCGAUAAGAUCGUAAUUGAUUUGCUGUUAACGACUUCGAACCGUAUAUUUUUUAAACGACUGUUAAAUUGCGUCUGGUUUAUAUCCAAUAAAUUCUAUAAAACCUGU